AUGGAAAAAUGCGGGUAUCCAUUAACCUCAAAGGAAGUAAAAAUAUUGAUAUCUGAUUAUAUUCGAAGGAACGGAAUCGUUACGAGAUUUAAAGAUAACUAUCCCGGGAAGGAAUGGUUUAGAGGAUUUAAAAAACGAAACAAAUUAAGUUUGAAAAAGCCGCAGUCUGUAGAAAUAGCUCGAAAAAAAGCAUGUGAUCCUUUCAUAGUUAACGAUUAUUUCGAUAUGUUACAACGAACAAUACAAGAGUGUGGUUUAGCCGACAAACCGCAAUGUAUAUAUAGUUUGGAUGAAACCAGCUUUUGUAGUGACCCCAACAAAACUAAAGUUGUGGGUCUGAUGGGGUUUCCCUCUACUAGAACGACAGGCUCUCCUGGGAGGAAUAACACCACUGUGCUCUUAGCUACGAAUGCACUUGGCAAAAAGAUCCCACCCUUAAUAAUAUUUCAAGGGAAACAUCUGUGGAGCGAGUGGCUGUUCAAAAAUGAUAACAUUCAUACAGCUUACGCUGUCAGUAAAAAGGGGUGGAUGGAGACCACCAUUUUCGAACAAUACAUCAAAGCCGUUUUUUUGCCAGCUAUCGGACCAGAACGACCAGUCUUAUUGGUCUAUGACGGUCAUAAGACACAUAUAGAUUUGAAUGUCAUAGACCUUCUAGUUGCCGAAAACAUUACGGUUCUUAAACUGCCGGCUCACUCAUCCCACAUACUGCAGCCAUUAGACUGUAGUACAAUGAAACCUAUGAAAGACAAAUGGGACAGCGAACUUGUGAAAUGGCAAAGACUCCAUGUGGGAGCAAAACUCCCAAAACAAGAAUUUGCCAGAAUCAUAACUAAUAUAUGGGAUGAUUUAAAUCCUGCUAUCAUUCAAAAUGGCUUCAGGAAAGCGGGCAUAUGCCCUUUAAACAAAGAUGCAAUCCCAAAAGGAAAAUUCGACAGUCUGGCAUGGUCAAGAUGGGAAGAACAACAGCAGCAAAAAAACAAGCUUCAUAAUGAUACUGACCACAAUGGUGAAGAAAAUGUUGAAGGAAGUCACACCAAGAAAGAUAACGGUCAGAAAGAACAUAAAGUACCAACACUAAUAAGUGUAUGCCUUAAAACAAUUAACAGUGAGAUACAACGAUUGCCAGACGAAAUUGAUAAGGCUAUUGCAAACAUUACACGGGAUAUGAAGAAAAAGCUACCGACAGAAAAUGGUACAAAGGCUGAUAUGAACACGUACUCAGGUACUCGGGUUACGUUUCAAAAGUGGGAGACUGUAAAGGACCCUAAAACUUUCAUACUUUCACGUCCUAAUAAUGCCAAUACCAAUGCCAACAAUUAUUCUUGUAAAGUAAAAAUAUUGGAUAAUGUAGUAGUCAGCUCAACAAUAAAUAAAAGCAAAGAAGAAGAACGAGUUUCAUUCGAAGAGCUACUAUUAAAAACUAUUUCACGUAACGACAUACCUAAAACUUCAAAGAAACGGAUAAGUCAAGGAAGUGAAAUACUAACUUACAAAGAUGCACUUCAUCGUCUGAAAAAUGAGAAAGAAAAAAAGGAAAAAGCAGAAGAAACUAAACGGCUAAAAAAACUGGAAAGAGCAAGUUAUAAUGAGAACAAAAAACCACUGAUAAAUAAGCCCAAAGCAAAGAAAAAUAAAAGGAAAAAGACCUUAGACUCAGACAGUGAGAAAAGCAUUGAUGAAGAUUUGCAGGAGCCAUUACCAUUAUCUACUAGACAAGGACAAGAAGAAAAUAGACCUAAAAUAAAAAGUGAAAGAUUGAAUAAAGGGCAGAAAAAAACAUUAAGGCGGAAUGAAAAGGCGGGUAGUUUAUAUGAACAUUCUACUGUUUUGGAAGAAAGGUUUGACGAAGAUUUUGAUGAUCCGUUACCAUCUACUUCUAAAAGACAAAAACAAAAGACACCUAAAAUAAAAAGCGAAAGAGUGAAGGAAAGAAAGACUUACGCUGCCAAGAAGAAAAUAUUUACACAAAAAGAAAAUAAAAUGCCACAGCCACAAGCAUCUGAGGUAAAAAAAAAAGAUCUCGACGUGGGUGACUUCAUUUUGGCUCGAUUUUGGUCGACUAAAGGCAAAAGGACGUAUAAAUACGUUUGUCUUAUUGAGGAUAUUAACCAAGAAAAAAUUGUGGUCAAAGGACUCAAAUCUAAAAAAGAUAAUAGAGAAUUUAAGUUCGUUGAAAACGACAUUUCCAUAAUUGAUAUAGAGGAUGUGAUUUCAUAUUUGCCCAACGCCGUGUUAAAUAAACAAAAAGAUACAGUCAUAUUUCCUUUUAAAGUAGAGGUAUUUGAAUGUAAAUGA